AUGUCAUGGAUCAACCAGACAAUAUUCCGUAUCUCAAGUGCCAGUACGGCAUCAUCAAAGGCAAGAGCAGCAGCCAAGGGUGCAGCUUUGAAAGUUAGACUGCAAAGACUGGCCCAGACAGAAGCACUCGAACUGGAGGAGCUCAAAUUAAAGCAACAAAGGAUACGUUUCGAGCAAGAAACUCAGCUUGCUGAGUCAGAGGCGGAAGAACGGGUAUAUGAAGCCCUAGAGUCAAACCCAGUCGAAGAUGUCACAAAGGGAGAGGAGAAGCUGGGAUCUCAAGUGCUGUCGUUUGAAGACCCAUGGUGGUCAGCUCAACCCCCUCAAGGAAAUGUGAAUCUUCUUUCUCCACUCGGUGUGAAUGAUGUGACUUUGCCAUCCCCAGCACUACCUUUGACAACAGGUCAAUCAGGCACUCCUCAGAGCAAACAACAAUCCACUCAUGUGGAGGAGCAGUUAGUUAACAUCAGCCAACAGUCCACCAAGAGUCAGUCUGAUCAAUCAGCAAAUGUGAUCACUGAAAUGGGCAACAUAAUGUUCAGAAAAGAGCUAUUGAGUUCCAGUCUUCGAACUUUCAAUGACAGUGCAACUUCUUACAGGGCCUGGAAGGCAUUAAUGAUGAACACUAUAAGUGAGUUAAAUGUACCCCCCUCACAAGAGGUAAAUCUGAUUAUGCGAUGGUUGGGAAACAGUUCACGAGAACUGGUUACACCACUUCAAAGUGUUUAUGUAGACAAACCAAUCGAAGCUCUGAAACAUAUAUGGAAUCUCCUGGACCAAACAUAUGGUGCAGUAGAGGUGAUUGAACAAGAUUUGAUGAAUUGUCUACAAGAAUUUCCAAGGUUCACCAUUAAGGAAUCAAUCAAGCUGCAGCAUUUAGAUCACCUACUUCUAGAAGUUCUUCACAUGAAGGAGUCUGGAAAAUAUCCUGGUCUUGCCAGCCUUGACUCUGCCCAUGGGCUCAAUGUAGUUAUACAAAAACUACCUCCAAGCCUGAAAGUUUCGUGGAUGAAGCAUGGUGCUAGUUUCAAGACAAACAACAACGUUUUAUUUCCACCAUUUGAAGUGUUCUACAAUUUCAUUCAUCAAGAAUCAGUAAUGAGAAAUGAUCCAAGUUUCUCUGUAAUUUCCAAUCAACAAAAGGAAAGUGGUAGAUCGUUUGCAGUUAGUGUGUCACCUCACAUUUCUGAAUCAAAACCAUUUAGAAGGAACUGUCCCCUGUGUAGUUCUUCACAUUGGCUGUCACAGUGCGGGGAAUUCAAGGAGAAGUCAGUUGGGGAACGUAGGAGGUUUGUGCAAGAAAAGAAGCUGUGUCGCAAUUGCCUCAACCCUGGUCAUUUUGUUAGUACUUGCAGAAAGGGAAGUUUUUGCAAGCUGUGUGCUGAUAAGCAUUCAAGUUUUCUUCAUCCAGUUACGACACAUCAAACAACCACACCUAGUAAUUCGCCAGCAUCAUCUUCAAUUCAAGCUCAAAAUCUGAGUGAGUCGCAUCAGGGUACAUCUACAGCCGUUACUUGCAAAAAUAGCAUCAUUGGGUUUGCAGCAGUGCCUGUCAGUGUUAGGUGCUCAGGAGGAAGAAAAACUGUAAAGACAUAUGCAUUCUUGGACAAUGGAUCAAACAUAAGUUUCUGUACUGAAUCUCUUGCUCAGAAAUUAGGCGUCCAGGGUAAGAAAACCGAAAUUGACUUGAAGACAAUAGACCGCACAUCUACCAAUCAACGGAGACUACUAACACUUGAAAUCUCCAAUUUGAAUGGGGAUAUUGUCGUUAUGGCUCCCGAAGUAUUUACUAUUCCAACUUUGCCAGUGGACAGCCACACAAUUGCUAAGCAGGAAGAAAUCAAUAAGUGGCCACAUCUUGAUGGUGUUCAGGUGACAAAUAUUAAUGAAGAAGUUGGACUAUUGAUUGGCACUAACAUUCCAGAACUGCAUCAACCCCUUGAGGUCAAAACAUCAACUAAUGGUGGUCCCUAUGCUACACGAACAUUGUGUGGUUGGGUCGUCAAUGGUCCAUUAUAUAUAGGCCAACAAGAGAACAUGUGUAAUUUCAUUAACUCCAAUAGGCAAUGCCUAGAGUAUUCUUCUCUUGAUGAACAAUUUAAAACAUUUUGUAACAUUGACUUCAAUGACACUAAUAUAGGAAAAACUGUGAUGUCUCGUGAUGACUUGAAGGCCAUCAACAUCAUGAAACGAUCAAUUUGCUUCAAAGAUGGUCAUUAUCAAGUAGCUAUGCCAUGGAAGACAGAUCCUCAAGUGCUACCCAACAACAAGUCAAUGGCCUUGAAAAGGCUGAAUUCUCUCAAGGUUCGACUUGAGAAAGACUACAUUCUAAAGGUGAAGUACACCAAGUUCAUGGAAGGCUUAGUCCAGGACGGCUAUGCUAGAAAGGUGUGUUCCGCUGUAGGCCAUGAAUCAAGGUGGUUUCUACCACAUCACCCAGUCAUACAUCCUCAAAAGCCGGAGAAGGUGCGUAUAGUAUUUGACUGCUCAGCAAAAUACAAAGAUGUUUGCCUUAAUGACCUUCUUCUACAGGGGCCGGACUUAACCAGUUCCCUAAUGGGUGUGUUGAUGCGGUUUCGCCUCAGUCAAGUUGCCUUCUCGGCUGAUGUUGAGAAAAUGUUCUACCAAGUUAGAGUGCCUGAAACUGACUCCCACUACCUAACUUACCUUUGGUGGGAAAAUGGUAAUCUGAAUAAUUCUCCACAAGAAUAUCAAAUGCGGGUACAUCUUUUUGGUGGACGAUCGUCACCAAGUUGUGCCAAUUUUGCCCUUAGAAAUGUGGCAAAGGACCGUGCAGGAGAACAUGAGCAGAAUAUCACUAAUACUAUUGAAAACAACUUUUACGUUGACGACUGUCUCAAGUCUUUAGAUAGUGAAGAUGAGGCGAUUAGCACUGCUCUAAAUCUUAAGCAUCUGCUUGCAAAGGGUGGUUUCAACCUGACCAAGUGGAGUUCAAAUUCCGUAAAGUUAUUGAAUGCCCUUCAACAGGAUAAAUCAAAGGAUCUAUCAUCUCUGGGAGGUGGUGACUUGCAACGGGCUCUCGGAGUCCAGUGGUUCAUCAAGGAAGACAGUCUUGGCUAUGUUAUCUCUCCAAAACCCAAACCCAGUACACGCAGAGGUAUCUUGUCAGUGGUAGCUUCGGUGUAUGAUCCAUUGGGAUUGGUAUCUCCAUUUAUACUGAAGGCAAAAUUUCUGCUUCGAGAACUGUGCUUACUUAAUUGUAAAUGGGACCAAGACAUUCCUAAGAAAAUCGAGAUUGAGUGGAACAAAUGGCUGUCUGACUUGAGCCAUCUGACAACAUUGAGAAUUCGGCGUAGUUAUAAAGAGCCGAAACUUGGAGCGGUUGUGUAUCGAGAACUACAUCACUUUGGUGAUGCAUCAUCAACGGGUUAUGGUGCUGUUUCCUAUCUUUGUCAGAAGGACGCAGAAGGUAUAUUCAGUUGUGCGCUUGUCGCAGCAAAGUCUCGCCUUGCCCCCGUGAAAAUGCAGACGAUCCCAAGAAUGGAGCUCCAGGCUGCAGUCUUAGCAUGUCGCUUGGACCAGAUGAUUCGCGACGAACUUCAGGAGAUCAAGAUCGAUAAAUCUAUUCUAUGGACGGACAGCACAUGCGUCUUACGAUACAUAAAUAAUGAAACAACACGCUUCAAAACGUUUGUGGGCAAUCGCAUUGCAACUAUCUUGUCUCAUACUAGCAAGGAUCAAUGGCACUACAUUCCUUCAAUGCAGAACCCAGCAGAUCUUGCUUCUCGUGGGAUGAGGGCAAUGGAAUUAAUUAAGAGUGAUCUGUGGUUCUCUGGACCAGAGUUUUUGAAACAAGACGAAAGUGAAUGGCCACAAUAUCCUGCUGACCUGGGUAUCUCUGAAAGGGACCCAGAAUUGAAGGCUGUAUCUAUGGUUUCAGUUAGAAGGGAUUGCAGUGUUAGUUACUUAAUGAAUCACUUCUCCAGCUGGCCAAAACUAAUAAAGGUUGUAGCCUGGAUACUGAGAUGGAAACACAUUGUCGAGUCAAAGGGAAAAGGGGUCGCAGGACCAAUCUCAGUGGAGGAAUGGAAGGGUGCUGAAAUUUCUAUAGUGAAGUAUAUCCAGCAACAGUCAUAUGCAGCUGAAGUUCAGUCCCUGCGCAAUGGUCAACAAGUUAAUUCAAAUAGCCCAUUGGUAAAAUUUGACCCAAUUCUAGUAGAAGGUGUUAUGAGAGUUGGUGGCAGACUGAGAAAUGCACAAAUUAAUGAAGAUGCAAAACAUCAGAUAAUCUUACCAAAGGGUCAUCAUGUCACAACACUCAUUGUUCGCCACUAUCAUAUUUGUACUGGUCAUUCUGGUACAAAUCACACUCUUAGUGAAAUCAGACAAAGGUUUUGGCCCAUUGGUGGGCGUGCAACUGCCAAAGCAACUUCAAGGAACUGUGUUGAUUGCCGGAAAAGACAUGCUCGACCACCCAAUCAGAAGAUGGCCGAUUUGCCAAUAGAUAGAGUUACUCCCGCCUUGCCUCCCUUCACUUGUGUAGGCAUUGAUUGCUUUGGACCCUUCUAUGUCAAAAAUGGAAGGUCCAUGUUGAAGAGAUAUGGUAUAAUAUUCACCUGCCUUACAACUCGAGCUGUGCAUCUCGAGGUAGCUUAUUCACUGGACACAAACUCAUUUUUGAAUGGGUUGCGGCGAUUCAUAGCUAGACGUGGUAAGCCACAGCUAAUUAGGUCCGAUAAUGGAGGAAAUUUUGUGAAAGGUGAAAGGGAACUGCGAUUGGCCAUAGAGAACUGGAAUCAAGAACAAAUUCACCAAUACUUGCUACAAAAUCAGGUUGAGUGGAAAUUCAACCCCCCAACAGCAUCACAUCAAGGUGGUGUAUGGGAACGUUGCAUCAGAACUGUGCGCAAGGUGUUGAGUACCUUGACAACUGAACAGACCGUCAAUGAUGAAGUCCUUCACACACUUUUCUGUGAAGUUGAAAUGAUAGUCAAUGGGAGACCUAUUACGAGGUUAUCAGAUGAUUCGAAGGAUUGUGAAACCCUCACACCAAACCACCUGCUCUUGCUGAGAGCAGGACCGAAACUUCCACCAGGAGUAUUUGUCAAGGAGGACUGUUACGUGAGAAAGCGUUGGCGCCAAGCACAAUAUCUUGCUGAUGUGUUUUGGCAUCGAUGGAUAAAAGAGUAUUUACCGGCUCUUCAGGAGAGACAAAAAUGGCGCAAAGCAAGAGAUAAUGUCAAGAUGGGCGAUGUUGUUUUGGUUCAUGAUCCAUCAGCUCCAAGAUGUUCAUGGCCUCUUGCUCAGGUUGUGGAAGUAUUUAGAACCACCUCAGAUAAUAUGGUUCGCUCAGUGAAGUUAAGAACAUCAACUGGGAUGCUAGUAAGACCAAUUACGAAGAUUGUGUGCCUUGAAAUUUCUGGAAAAGACUAG